AUGGGAACCACAAAGAAAGCAACGUCAAAGGCUGUAGAAACCGGGAAAGAGCUGGAGCAAAAGGUCGAAGAAAAGUUGAUAUUGCUCUGGGACGAACUCUCGCCAUGGCAGCAAGACAACCACUACAUUCAGUCAGGAUACCGCGCUCAAUCCAAUUCCUACAUUAAGUCUUGGAAGAGCCUCGGAUAUCUACAUAACGAGACCGUCAACAUCUACACGCAUUUUAUCGGAGCCCUGAUGGCUGCCGUAUCUUCAAUCGCAUUAUACAACACACUGGCUUCCCGCUAUGAGACGGCUACGCAAGAGGAUGUCUGGGCAUUCGGGUGUUACUUUGUUGGAGCCGUCGCGUGUCUGGGUAUGAGCGGGACGUAUCAUACGAUACAGAAUCACUCGCAUGAAGUCGCUGUAUGGGGCAAUAAGCUUGACUACCUGGGCAUUGUUUUCUUGAUCUGGGGCAGCUUCAUACCGGUUAUCUACUAUGCUUUUGGCAGCGAACCAGAGUUGCGAAGAACUUAUUGGACCAUGAUCACGACGCUGGCAGCUGGCACAUCUGUCGUAGCGACACACCCCAAGUUCCGCACUCCUGCAUUGAGGCCCUUUCGAGCGCUCAUGUUCGUACUCAUGGGUCUUUCCGCCGUAUUUCCUGUGCUUCAUGGCGUUCGGUUGUAUGGUGUUGAACAUUUGCGGAAAAGCAUUGGGCUGUACUGGGUUCUUUUGCAGGGCGCGCUGUAUAUUGCUGGUGCUGCUAUCUACGCUGCAAGGAUACCUGAGAAGUGGAACCCCGGAAAGUACGACAUUUGGGGCUCGAGCCAUCAGAUAUUUCACGUACUUGUUGUUCUUGCAGCAGCGAGUCAUCUUGUAGCUUUGGUUACGGCAUUUGAUUACGAACAUAGCCACAGGUGGGGCAGUGUGCAGGAAGGGAUAGGAGGCAAGAGUUAG